AUGGCAGGUGACCCCACGAAACAUAACCAUAAUCUGUAUUGCGAAUAUCACCAAGAGCCGGGCCACACCACCAAUGACUGUAGGAAUCUGAAAAACCGCUUAGACUGGCUGGUCCGAGAAGGAAAGCUGAGACACCUCUUGCAUCAUCCUGUUGGACUGCAGGAGCAGUCGAACGUCGAAACAAGGCAAACCACAUUGAGGCCACCUAUUGGCACAAUAAAUGUCAUUCUUGCCGUACCAGGAAGAACCGGCUCCCAUCCUUUCAGAUUGAUGUCGGUGGCCCGACUCCCCGUUGAAGCUGACGACCGGGAAUCCAAGAGGGCUAAAGGGAUGGCCACGCCCCUAAUCGGAUUCUCAGAUGAGGAUAAACUUGGAACCCUUCAGCCCCACGAUGAUGCUCUAGUCGUCACGCUCAGGAUUGGGGGAUAUGACGUGAAGAGGGUGCUAAUCGAUCAGGGCAGCGCCAUGAAAGUAAUGUACCCCAACUUGUACAAGGGGCUGAAGCUGAAACCAAGGACUUGA